AUGACCUUGAAGGUUGACAAUGAUUCUAUCGAAUUUGAUUUGAAUAAGGUAAUGAGACAACCUUCCUCUAGUAAUGAAUGCUUUAGAAUAGAUACAAUUGAAAAUUUGAUGAAUGAGUUUAGAUACCCUCAUAUGCAUGCUUCUAAUGAUCUACUUGAGAAUGUUUUGUUGAAUGAGAAUGAAGUAGGUGAUAAAAAGGAGAUGCAAUUAUAUGAGGAAAUGCUUGAUGAGAAAGAGGAGACAACCACCGACCAAGAGAUGCUCCAAACAUAUAAAGUCUUCCAAGUAGAAGAGGAGGAGAUCUCCAAUGGUAAGGGAGCUCUGAAGGUAGAAUUAAAACCUCUAUCUUCGGGCUUGAGGUAUGUAUUUUUGGAUGCUAAUGAGACUUCCCCGGUCAUUGUCAAUGCUAACCUCACGGAAGAGCAAACCUCCUCAUUGCUUAUUGUUAUGAAAAAUCAUAGGAAGGCUUUGGGUUAUACUCUUGAUGAUCUCAAGGGUAUAAGCCCCUCCCUAUGCACGCAUAAAAUCGAUUUAGAGGAGGGUGCUAGGCCGUGUAGGCAGCGGCAAAGGAAACUUAAUCCUUCCAUGCAAGAGGUUGUGAGGAAGGAAGUUUCCAAGCUACUUGAAGCAGGGAUCAUCUAUCCAAUCGCUCAUAGUGAUUGGGUGUCCUCGGUUCAAGUAAAGGGAGAAAGGUGUGAGAGUGCCAACUUGGUGCUCAAUUGGGAGAAAUGCCACUUCAUGGUGGAAAAUGGCAUUGUUCUUGGCCAUAAAGUCUCCCAAGCGGGCAUCGAAUUUGAUGGUGCGAAGGUUGAUGUGAUUGAGAAGCUUCCUCCUCCCACAAAUGAUAAAGAAUUUGUAUUUGAUGAAGCUUGUCAUGAGUCAUUUUGUAGGUUGAAAAGGGCUCGUUGCACCGCCCCCAUAGUUCAAGGACCGGAUUGGUCUCUACCAUUCGAGCUAAUGUGUGAUGCAAGCAACGAGGCCAUUGGAUCGGUUCUAGGACUAAGAAAGGAUGGGAAACUUCACGCUAUAUACUAUUUUUCCAAGACUCUCAAUGAUACUCAACGGAAUAAUACAACUACCCAAAAAGAGUUCUUAGCGGUUAUUCACUCAUUUGAGAAGUUUAGAACCUACCUCAUUGGUUCUAAGACAAUAGUGUAUACCGAUCACUCGGCUCUCAAAUAUUUGAUAAGCAAGAAGGAGGCUAAACCGAGGUUGUUGAGAUGGGUCUUGGUCCUUCAAGACUUUGAUUACGAAAUGAGAGAUAAGAAUAGAGCCGAGAACGUGGUGGCAGGCCGCCUUUCUAGGUUGGGAGGUGCAAGAAUACAUGAAGACGGUUUGCCAAUUGAAGAUAACCUAAUGGACAAUGUCUUAUAUGCUCUUGAGGCAAAAUCAGAGCCUUGGUAUGCGGAUAUUGUGAACUACUUGGCUUGUAGUGCUAUACCUCCGGAUUUCACUCCUCAACAACAUCGAAUGCUCAAGCAUGAAGCAAAGAAGUAUAUAUGGGAUGACCCCAUGUUGUUGAAGAGAGGGGUGGAUGGACUUUUUUGA